GUGGUUCUGCUUGGACCUCCUGCUUGUGAUCCUGUAUGCCGUCGACACAUGGCUCGUGACAAUCCUCGUGCUGACGGUAGGCUUUCGGAUGGAUGCUGGCACGUCUACGAUGGUCAUGCUGCGAAUGCUGCGCUUGGUGAAGCUUUGUAGGCUGACCAG